ACGGUUGCGAUCAAUGCAAUCAGUUGUUGCCGGGCUGUUGAACGUAUUAGUGGUGUUCUUCGUUCGCGCUUUUUUAAUUUGAUUGUCGAGACAAGAGCCAAGUUAACUAUCGAAAGAAUAAUACAUUGCAAUUGUACGCAAUUUCUCUGCGUUUCUCGCAUGUGAACUUGACAGUGUAUUUUUUGUUCUGUAUUUUAUCGAAGUUAAUGUUCUCAGAGUGACAGGAUUAAGUGGAAGAAUGUUGGAUCGCGAUACCGCGAUACAUCUCGUCGCCGGAGGAGUGGCUGGGACGACCGGUGCGAUAGUUACCUGCCCUUUAGAAGUGGUUAAAACUCGUUUACAAUCUUCCUCAUCCGGCUUCUAUCCACCCCCGGUGAACAAGGAACUCACUUCGGGUCAUGUAACGUGCAAAAGUUUCCCGAAACCGGAACAGAGGAGAAGACUGUGCACUGGAGGGUAUACAAGGCACGCUUUGGUUGCUCUCUCUCACUUUGGCGCGUCCUCUUCUCCAGGAGGUUCUCCCCAUAGUCACUCCGCGCCUGGUGUAUACCAAUGCAUCAAGUAUAUCGUAAAGAACGAAGGUACUCGUGCCCUGUUCAAAGGAUUGGGCCCCAAUCUCGUAGGAGUCGCACCAUCCAGGGCGAUCUACUUCUGCGCCUACUCGAAAAGCAAAGUCGCGUUUAACGCGAUCUUCCCCCCGGACACCGCUGUUGUGCACGUGUUCUCCGCAUUCUGUGCCGGUUUCGUGGCAUGCACGUUGACAAAUCCUAUUUGGUUCGUGAAGACCAGGCUGCAGCUGGACCAUCGAACAAACAAAAUCACCGCGAUGGGGUGUGUGCAAAGGAUAUAUCGCCAAUCGGGUAUCCUGGGAUUCUACAAAGGCAUUAUAGCCUCCUACGUAGGAAUAAGCGAGACUGUGAUACAUUUUGUGAUCUACGAGGCCGUGAAGGCCUCUUUAGCGACGUACAAGCCCAGCAGCGCAGACAAUCGCAAAACAUUGCGCGAUUUCUUAGAAUUCAUGGCGGCGGGCUCGUUCUCAAAAACGAUCGCCUCCACCAUCGCUUACCCCCAUGAAGUAGCAAGGACAAGACUUAGAGAGGAAGGUACUAAGUACCAGGCUUUCUGGCAGACGUUGAAGACUGUACACGCUGAGGAAGGAUUACACGGUCUAUACCGUGGUCUCGGUACCCACCUAAUUAGACAAAUUCCAAAUACGGCGAUUAUAAUGGCAACAUACGAAGCGGUGGUAUACUUGCUAAGCAGGCACUUUCACGAACAGGCGAUGAACAUGAGCAACGGCAAUGAGUCCAAGUUCUACACAGAACCGAAGGGUAAACGAGAAUUAGCCUAGGACUUACUCACGGCCCCUGAAUAAUGGGCCAACAGCUCGCAUCUUGUGGCGAGUUUUGAAAAAGUUACGUCUGUUUCGAAAAAAAGAAAAUGAACAACAAGAACAACAAUGCCAUUCAAGAGAGCGUCCAGACGUUGGGAGAAGCCAUUCGGACACGCGUUCCCGAACUUGGGGACCAUGAUGGCCAGGUCCAAUUGAACAUAUGGAAGGUAGCAAAAUAGGUAUCACAGCGCUGCUGUGUGGUCUGUAAGCGUAGCAAAAAGUAGUCCUUCCUCCUUUCAGGUAGCGUACGUACGUACGCGAGGAACAGCCUAAACUGUCUGUCUGUACCUUCGUCGACACAUUCAUACACACACACGGAGGCGGGGAUCGUGAAGCUGGAUUAAACGAGUCGGUUACAUAGACUCAGAGUGCGCCGAGAGUAAGAUUAUGUCACCUUCUCGUUACCAUUAAUCUGCUAACUGGCUAACUUUCAUUGUGGAAAAUUGUUUUCAACAAAUAAUCUGUUUUGUUUCUUACAAAUGUAGAUAUAUUUUUAAAAGAUAACAUUAAGAAUUACUAGAAGGUGAAAUAAUUUGAUUUAUCUCUUGAAAAUGUGUAUAAUUAUAAUGUAUCACAGUUAAAUUAUUAAAUUGAAAAUAUUGAUAAUUUUGUCUUUUCCAGUUAACAGGUUAAUGAAAUGAUUGAAUUAUGUUGACUGGCAAUAACAGUAGUGCCAAAAGAUCAAGUUUGGUCUCUAGUUGUUUCUAAAGACUUUUGAAACAUGAGGAAAAAAUUGAAUUUCAAUUGUAGCUUAGAAGAACUCUCUGGCCUAAUUUUGUAUUGAUUAACUAUAAUUAACGUAAUCUAAAAAGAAAAAAAAAUGACCUCUAAGGUUAAAUACUUAAAAUUCAUGGUCCUCGUGUUUCAGUAUGGUAGAAACAACUCAUUUCCAUCUGAUACAGUAUUGCGAUCUUUCUAGAGCAACAUGUACACUUGAUUUAAACCAAAAGUUAUUGUUAAGUAUGGUGUUAGAGACAGGUUGCUCUCGUCGGAUUCUUCGUAUCCAUUUCUACUUUGUUAUUAAUUAUCAAUACAUUAUUCCGGUUAAUGAUUAAAAAAAAGUAUGACUAUUGUCUUGUGCUAUUCUUCCCAACGAAAAAGAAAGUUAGGGAACGAUAUCAUCAUAAAUAUAAAUUUUCAAGACGAUAAGGGUAGACGAUUAUUGUGUUUGCUUCUAUUCAUAUUAGAGUAGGAAGAUUUAUUAUUAUUACUAUUGUUGUCCGUCAUGACAUAAAUCACUUUUCAUUAUUUUUAAAUAAUCUUUUCAUGAAGCGCUUAAACGUCGAAAUUCAACUUUUUCUUUGCGUAGAAAGCCUAUUUAAAUAAAAACAUUUUGCUAUCAAUUACGUUAACAAUAAAAAAAUAAGAAAUUAAAAAUGUAUAUAAAAAUUGGAUAACAGUCUUUUUCUGCAUGUAAAACUUGUAAAACAAUGAAGAGAAAAAAUUUACUAUAUUGAACAUGUCAAAUAUUACCGAUCGACAAUUUCAUAAAAUCAUAUAAUAAUCUAGAAGUUGUGUAUAUAAAACAGUAAAUCACAUUCUAUGUUACAUAUAUUAGUAGAUUUGCGACUGUUUGUAUUUUUUCGAGUAUACUACCGCCUCCAGUCAAGAUAAAAAUGAUAUAGUAAAAAUGUUUCUUCUCUUUCUGCAAUGUUUAGGGGGAAAAACAUUUAUAGCUGCUAUCCUGUUUUUUGAAUCGGUAAUAUCUAUAUAAACUAUGCACUUAGAGAUAUAUUAUGUCGAAAUAUAUUGUUGUUAAGAAUGAUGAUUCGUUGCAGAUGAGAUAAAAUGUUAAAGUCAUAUGUAUAUUAUAUACACACAUAUGUAUAUGUACGUAAGAGAGGAUUAACAAUGUUUUAUUACUGAGAGAUAUUUUAAUGUUCGUAAGUUCGAUUACGUUUGCGAACUAAUACCGUUCAAUAUUAAAAACGGGAGUGUAACGUAGCUUCUUAAUUUUUAUACUUUUCUUGCCUUGAUGUUACGAACUAAGAUUCUAAUUUGUUUCUUAGUUUGUACCGUUUUGUAAGAUGACGAUAAUUCGAUGGCUCAGGUUUUUUGAAAACUAGUCUAAAACUUUUUUCAUAAGUACUAUUUUUGUAUUUGUGUCGAAUCGAUGAGUCAGAGCUAGGAGAAUUGUACGCUAAGAUUGGCACUGAGUAAAUUUGGUUUGUCUCUGUUCGGUUUAUGAUGAUUUCAAUGAUCAGUAAAGAUGAAGAAGCUGUGAUUUUUAAUUUUCAUAUAUUAUCGG